GCCGCUUGCCACACCAUGCUUUCGAUGCACCUAGCUUUAUGUGUAGCUUUCCUGGUGCUCCCUGGGACUGAUGGCGGUUGGCCAUUCGAAGGGAUCUUGGGAGAAGUGCCCAAGGUGCAGCCGCUUCCCCACGGGCUCCCUCACGGUUUGCCGCACGCUUUUCCGGGUGCUUUCCCCUUUGGUCGGGCGCCGGUGAUUGUCGUCGAGCACCACAGUGGCUUUAACCCCUGGGAGGACUUGCACAAGAAUGUGCAACGGGUGGUCCAGGCUCAGGCUGGAGGGCCUACAGCUGUGCAGCCUGUGCAGAUGCAGAUGCAGCUGGGAGGCUUGCUGGACAUGUUUGGCGACCAUCAUGCAGGUCAUCAUGGCUUGGCACAGGGCAGUUUCGAGGUGCACGACGAUCAUCAGAGUCGUGUUCUCAUCUCAGCAGUUCUCCCAGGCUAUGAGUUUGGCACGAAGACAAGCGAGAAGCCGCUCUCUGUUCGUGCAGUUGGUAGGUCGCUGGUUAUCAGCGGCACCCAUCAUCAAGGGCCUUUGAUCAGCCAAUGGCAGCGGGUCUUCUCCGUGCCCAAGGGCUGCGACGUGAAGAACGUGUCGGUCACGUACAACUCAGGUAGUGGCAACUUGACUGUGGUGAUUCCUCGGAGCAACACGACAGUGCCACAGGAAGAUGAGGAAGCUGAUGAGGACGAUAUGAUAGGCCUCCCACCGGCUCUAAGGGCAUUGAGGAGUGGCUUGCCGGGCCUCAUGGAUCAGAUGGCCGGCAUGCAGGCUUUGCCUCAAGGUUUCCUCCGUGCUCGCAGACCCAUGGGCUUGGAAGCCGUGCUCGGGCAGGUCAUGGGCGAGCUGGAACAAAUGCAUCCCAGGAAUCAGCUUCCAGCGGUUAGCCAUGUACCCGAGGAUGCUGUGGUGAAUUUGGUUGGCUGCUUCGCAGAGUCCCAGCUGGAGAAGGUGCGGUUGAAGUACUAUGGGGAUUCCAAUGCCGCGAAUUUUGCGGCCAUGUACUGGCACGCACAAAAUGACCAUGUGCAAUACUUUGCAAUGGCAAGGCAUUCCGUUCCCCUCGGGCAUGCCUUUACCGCGCAUGGUUUCUUGCACCAGAAUGAGGUGCCGCAGUGGGGCGUCUACGAUGGGUGCGGUUCACCUUGCCAAGAUGAUGAUGAGCGAUGGUGUGGCUGCGCCAACGAGGCUGAGCGAGGCUUCCCUAGCGCUGGGUGUGCUGAAGGUGAAAAGCGGUUUGCCGUAUACAAGAUCGGUGUGCAGAACGCCAGUUCUACAGAUACCACAGAUGCCACAGAUGAAAAACCAGUAAAUGCCUCACAAGCACAAGCUCCCCCAGGACAGUUAUAUUGGAAGCUUGCGGGCGAGAAGGAAGGUGAACCUUCCAUUGAAGUAGUCAUGCCCAAGGGCACCAAAGCGACAGCGAAUGGAAAUGAGGUUUUGGUUUAUAAUGCCUCCAGAGAAGAAGGUGACAGCUCAAAACCCUCCAACGAGGCCACAUCCACAUCAGUUGCUCCCAUCAGCAAGGUGAAGCUGCCUGUGGGUGUCUCAACGAACUCCUGCGAGCAGAAAGACGAGGUUCUUAGAUGCAAGCUGGAGCAAGAAGAUGUGCAGGAUGUGCCGAUCAAAGUUAUCGAUGAGCUCUGAGAAAAUGGUGCAGGCGGUUGGAUGUCUUUUUCGCAGUGCCAGACGCGCUUGGACGUUGUGGCACCCAAAGGAGAAACACCGAUAUAUGCAGCAUUGCCGAUAUUGGAUGAUUGUGGAACAUCAGAAGAAGUGCCUGCAUCAUAGUUUGUUUGUACUUGUUCUCUUAGUAAUUUUUCCUCCGUCCGGCGGGGUUGUAUAUCCCAGUCUGUAUGCAGCAGUUGUUAAUGACAAGGCUUGAGCUGCACUGCAUAAUUGACAUUAGGUCUCUUUUUGAACAGUGUCACCUACAGCAUCAUUCACCACCCUCGAUCGAGACCGUUUUGCUCUUCAGCUUUGAAAUUACAGUCAGAGACAUGUGUCCCCGACAGAUCCGACGUGUGUCC